GUGACACUCCCAGGGACACCCCUGUCCCCAAUUCUUGUCCAGGUGUGUGACCCAUCCUGGUCCCCCUGUGCCCAUCUCAAUCCACGUGUGCCACCCCUCCUGUUGCCCCACCAGGGACCCUGUCCCCACUGGUGUGUGACAUUGCCACCCCCCUGCCAGGGCACAGCCCCAUGCUCAUCCCAGGUGUGUCACCCUGUCCCUCGUGCUCAUCCCAGGUGUGUCAUCCUGUCCCCUGUGCCCCCCUGGUCCCCUGUCCCUGUGCCCAUCCCAGGUGUGUCACCCUGUCCCCUGUCCCUGUGCUCAUCCCAAGUGUGUCACCCUGUCCCCUGUGCCCCCCUGGUCCCCUGUCCCUGUGCCCAUCCCAGGUGUGUCACCCUGUCCCCUGUGCCCCCUCAGCCCCUCCCUGAGGGUCCCUGUGCUCAUCCCAGGUGUUCAAACCCCCCCUCAUCCCCCCCAGCCUUUCAUCCCAGCCUUUCAUCUCUGGUUGUCCUGGCAACACCCCAAAGGGUCCCCGGGGGUUGCUAUGGCACCCAGGGAUGCUGCAAGGACCCCCGCAGCCCCCUCCCAAAAUCCUGCCCCACCCUCAGCACCUCAGGGCUGCGCUGUGCCAAGGGGGUGGCAGUGCUGGGGGUGACAGGGACGGGGGUGGCAGUGCCAGGGGGGGUGACAAGGACAGAGGUGGCAGUGCCAGGGGCAGGAGGUGUCCCCACCCCGGCUGUGCUCUCCCACAGCUGCACCAUGGCCAUCGGGGAGGAGCUGCGCAGCGGCCGCUUCUGGCGGGGGGUUCUGGCGGAGCUGGCGGCCACCCUCAUCUUCGUGGGGGUGGUCCUGGGGGCUUCGGCAGCUCCAGAGCCGCUGGCGCCGGCCCUGGCAGGGGGCUUGGCGGCCGGGGGGCUCGUCUGCACCCUCGGGGGUGCCCAGGCCAACCCCGCGCUGACGCUGGCCCUGCUGUGCACCCGCAAGCUGGGCGCCCUGCGCGGGGCCGCGGGGCUCGUGGCCCAGUGCGCGGGGGCCACGCUGGCCUCUGCCGCCGCCCGCGCGGCGCUGCGGGACGACGCCGGCCUCGUCACCAGGGUGAGGGCGGAGGGGACAGCGGGGACAGCGCUGGCCUGGGAGGCCUUCGCCACCUUCCAGCUGGCGCUGGCCGCCUUCGCCGCCGCGGAGCACGCGGCCCCGCGGGCCGGGCUGGCCCUGGGCAGCGCCGUGGCCGCUGGGGCUCUGGCUGCGGGGCCGUUCUCGGGGGGCAGCAUGAACCCCGCGCGCUCGCUGGGGCCGGCCGUCGUCACCGGCGUCUGGGAUGAUCACUGGCUCUCGCUGGCCCGUGCCCUGGGCUACCUGCUGGCCCAGGUGUUGGGCAUGCUGGCCGGAGCCGGGGUGCUCUACGGGGUGACCCCCGGCCCCGUGCGUGGCACCCUCGGCCUCAGCGCGCUGCACCCCGGCGUGGGCCCGGGCCAGGGCACGGUGGUGGAGCUGCUCCUGACCGCCCAGUUCGUCCUCUGCGUCUUCGCCAGCUUCGACGACCGCCACGACGGGCGCCCGGCCAUGGCCGCCGUGCCCGUCGGCUUCUCCCUCGCCCUCGGCCACCUCUUCGGGAUCCACUACACGGGCGCCAGCAUGAACCCCGCCCGCUCCUUCGCCCCCGCCGUCAUCACCCGCAACUUCGCCAACCACUGGGUGUACUGGGCGGGCCCGCUGCUGGGCGCGGCGCUGGGCGCGGUGCUCUACGAGUUCGCGCUGUGCCCGCGGCCGCGCAGCCUGGCCGAGCGCCUGGCCGCCCUCAAGGGAGAGCCGCCCGCCCCCACGGCCGUCACCGCCGCCGUCGCCGCCGCCGAGCCGCCGCCCGAGCCGCCGGCAGAGCCGCUGGAGCUGAAGACGCAGGGGCUGUAACGGGGCCCGUCCCGGGGCGCGGCCCCGCGCCCGCCGCUGCUUUGCUGUGACGGGGCCGCCGCGGUGCGUGUGGUGCGUGUGUGUGCGGCGCGGCGCGGCGGGCGGGCGGCGGCGGGGCCCCGCUGCCGGGGAACCGGCCACCGGCAUGCCCGGGGGGGCCGCCCGUAUACCGGGCCGGUGCCGCCCCGCCCCGCCGCGGCGGGACUUCUGUGUUCGGUGAA